AUGAAGCGGAAGACUUCUCAUGAGUGUCGGCGCCGAAACUCGAUCCCAUCGCCUGAACUUCCGAAACCAAAUACCGACACCGAGCCAAACCUGUUCAAUAAUAGACAAAUAGUACACUACUUAUACUCGCUCAAAUUGCUCACAUAUGGAAGAGCUCAAAUUAAGGGCCUAGUGCCUGUGGAUGAUCUGCUCAAGUACAAUAGAUGGGACCAGUACAUGAAUCAAUUUCCGACAUUUAUUAGUAAAUUAACUCCUGCGCUUUCUAGGAAAAUAUGUGAAUGUGCAUGCAACUACACGACUUUCAUCCAUCAAGGAGUUGUGAACGAGCUGUUUCUCAAGGACCACGACAACUUCUGGGAAGUUCAUGUAUCUAAAAAUCCAGCUUGCCUGAACCAUACAAUAAAUAAUCCCCUAAAGUUAAAGUCAUCAAAAGACUACUAUUACUGGAUGUCACUGCUCUAUGCCAACUUGUCCACAGGCAUGUACUUUGGAGUCCACGAGAUCGAAUCUGACCUCACCUACGCAGACACGGAAAUCGCUGACUUCUCGGCCGUUUUCUUCCGAGCCUCACUGGAUUGUCUUUUCCGGGCUGGGGCACUGGAACAUGCCGACGUGCGAUGCAUACAAGUCUUCUGUGUUCUCUCUAUGUGCUUGCAUGCAUUAGGCAGCACGUAUUUGCACAAGUCUCUUCUUCGCAUAUCUGUCGAGGCAGCAAAGAAUCUGGGAUUGGACCAACUGCAAUCGGACGACGCUCCAGAAUAUCAAAGCGAGGUCUUGAAACGCCUUUUCUACAGCCUCAUGAUUAUAGACUCGUUGAGCAACUAUCCCAAAAGAUACAUUGCUGACUUUUCAACCCCGUUGCCGUCCAUAAUAUCAUCUGACGUGCUUCUCGAAAAGGUGACUCCCACCCCUCUUGCAUUUCCCGAAGCCUGCAAUAACAACGAAAUUGCAGGCAUAAUGUACGAGCGCAUGAUGGUGGAACUUGCACAGCUGAAGCACGAAAGCUAUGAGAAGCCUACUGCAACCGAACUGGUCUCCUGUCUCGAGAAAAUGAAGAUCCUAAGGUCCAAAUUAGAUACCUACUUUGGAUCUAAAGAAUACUCUGCCAGCGACAAAUCAAUAGCUCAGUAUGCAAAGUACCUUCUAUUUUCCUCCAUCACUCGUGAGCGGCUGGAAAUUGGUAUUCGCAUGCAAUCUCUCGUCGGCACCCAAGACUGGGCCAAGCAGUACCGUCCCCAGUGCCUGGAGUUUGCAACCCAGCUACUUUUCCACAGCACAUCUGCCGGGCUACCUGCCUUUUAUAACCGCUAUUGGAUCGUUGCGCAACAUUUAAUCUACGCAUGUCUGUUUGUGCUCUUGGACAUGCUGCUCUUCAAAAGUGACGACGACAAAUACAAACUUGACUGUGUCAAGCGCACGUUUCCUACCAUUAAAAAAUUGCAAUCUUACUUCACAGUCAAGAUUGGCUUUGCCAUAAUAGAGAAACUCUGCUAUCUCGUGUCCAAAGUGCGCUUAGACCAUUUAGAAAACGAGACGUUCGAGGCAAUAUCGCUCCGUGAGUUCUUGAAGGAAAUGGAAAUUGCAAACCCAUACAGCUCCACACUUUCCAAGAAACGCAUCGUGCCAGACAUCACAGAGUCCCAAUAUCUACGUUUUGGCAACGAAGCAACGCACUCAAAUAGCACAGCCGGGGGUUUUACGUUUGUUGAGAGAGAUCCCCUCACAAGUACUGAGAACGGCUCUAGCAUCACAUCAGCCAUGCUGGAUGACAAGGGCUGGUACGAAUUCCUGGACUUCUUUUUUGGAGGCGAGUCUGCUGCCUCCAUGUCGGAAAUCUGA